GACUCGUAAUCUACCUUUAAUAAAAAAACCAAAAUUGUUUUUGAAGAAAAACUGACCCAGUUUUUUAAAAGCAGUAAGAAUCCAACACCCAAUUCGUCCCCCUCUCAUCUCCGUAAACGGUGAAGGGUUUUGCAUCGGAAGGACCUGAGGCUGAGGUAAUCCCGCCAUUUCUUAAUUUUCAAUUCCAUUUUCAGAUAUUGACCCCUUUCCCUAAUUGCAUCCUUUCCAAUUUCCAUUUUCUCCCUCUCAAACGGAAAUGGAAUGGGAGUUAGUAAAACAGAAGUAAACUUGAGGAGAUUGCUUACAGCUGCUCCUCACCAGCUAAACCAGCCAAAACUUGUACAUUAUGUUGCUACUUUGCGUCAACAACUAGAACAAUUGGAUGACCACUUGCCAAGGAUCUCAAAGGCUAUGUUGAACGAUUAUUCAGACAAGAUUGAAGCCAUUGCAUCAAAAUUGGUUCAUGUGCCUGACAUAGAAGUAUCUGAAAAAGACAUUGAGAGAAAUGUUAAAGAAUGCCCUUCCGAAAUUGAGGAAAAAAUGCCGAUGUCACCUUCUUCUGGAUUGCGAAGAAGGCCUGUAGCUGCCUCAAGUACUGAAGAUAGAGCACACGAGCCUUCUGAGACCGAUCACUUAUCAUCUGUUAAAUUGGAUACUGCAGGACAUGCACAUAUUGAAAAACACAGAAAGCUUCAAAAUGAUUUGACAGAAGAGAUGGUGGUGUUGGCAAAACAACUCAAAGAGAGUAGUCUUAUGAUGAGUCAGUCUGUAAAAGAUACAGUAAAGAUACUUGAUUCUACUGAGCAGGCCAUUGAACAUAGCUUGGCAAGCACAGGUCGUGUCAAUGUGAGAGCAAAUGCAAUAUACUCAGAGAGUUCCAAGACUUCUUGCUUAACAUGGCUUGUGAUGUUUGUGAUGACAUUUGUAUUUGUCAUGGUUAUUCUUCUAGUCCGUGUCACAUAGGGCUUGCAGUUAACAUUUCAUAUAGUAAAUUAAAUUACUUUUAAGCA